AUGCCCAGUGACUCCCCGGCCUUCAGCAAGCCCCCGGACGCCGAGGGGCCGCGGGGCAAGACGAACGGCUUCGGGAAGACGGCGGCCCGUAUGGCGACCGCCCCAGCAGAGGGGGUCGCCGCCGCGGCGGCGAAGAAGCCGCCGCGUCUGCCCAAGUGUGCCCGCUGCCGCAACCACGGCUACUCCUCGCCGCUGAAGGGGCACAAGCGGUUCUGCAUGUGGCGGGACUGCCAGUGCAAGAAGUGCAGCCUGAUCGCCGAGCGACAGCGGGUGAUGGCAGCGCAGGUUGCGCUGAGAAGACAGCAAGCUCAGGAAGAGGAACUGGGAAUCAGCCACCCGGUGCCCUUGCCCAGUUCCCCUGAUACGUUCGUUAAGAGGAACAGUGGUGGCAGCUCUUGUCUCUUGUUGGAAAGCAGCAGCCCUGUGCACUCCGUGAAUACAGCCGUGAUGGCAGCUGGCACAACAUCAGGUAAAGGACGGGUGCUCAUUCAGGACAUCUCUUCCAUCCCCAGCAGAGGGCACUUGGAGAGCACGUCUGAUUUGGUUGUGGACUCCACCUGCUGCAGCAGUUUUUACCAGCCGUCUCUGUAUCCUUACUAUAACAACCUGUACAACUACUCCCAGUACCAAAUGGCAGUGGCCAGUGAGCCUUCCUCAAGUGAGGCUGGGGGUAUGAUUGUAGGGUCAGCCAUGAAGAACAGCCUUCGAAGCCUCCCAGCAACAUAUGUGCCAAGCCAGUCAGGAAAACAGUGGCAGGUGAAGGGCAUGGAGAGCUACCAUGCCGUCGGCUCCCAGUACCACAUGUGCUCCUACUACCCACCCGCUUCCUACCUGGGACAGGGGGUUGGUGUUCCCACAUGCCUCCCCCAAAUCCUGACCUCUGAGGACAUCCCCUGCUACUCGGAGUCAAAAGCGAGAGUGUUUUCGCCGCCCAGCAGCCAGGACUCCGGCCUGGGGUGCCUGUCCAGCAGCGAGAGCACCAAGGGGGACCUGGAGUGCGAGCCCUCACCGGAGCCCGGCGCCUUCGCGGUGAGCCGCGUCCUGGAGGGCGGCGAGUAG